UCUGAUGCCCAUUCAUAUCCAAUUUCUGUACCAGUAAUAACUGAAUCAAUUUUUCAGCUUUAAAACAAAAGAGAUCCAGCCUGUGGUGGCUUGCUAGUGCGAAGGUUCGACCUAUUGAUGUUUCACAAAAUAAGGAUUCAAUGUGUGGACCGUCACCGCGAGUGUAGAGUUUACAAAUCAUCUCUUCGUUCUUGUGCAUUAUAUCUCCAUAUUGGAACUAAAUCUCCACAACGUUAGUCGUCGUCUCCAGUUUGGCUGGGGACGAUCGAGUGUGUGCGUGCUGUUAUUUCCCGUCGUCCCGUCCAUACCUGUUUUCUCUUAUCACCUAAAUUCAUCCGAGACAAGCUACAGCCUCUACUGAACACAUAAAGGGAUACAGGGGGUGAGGAAGUUAAUGAACGGACCGGCCGGAUGGAAUGUGAUUUCUCAAGGUGCUCGAAUGUUUUCGCCUAGUCAGCUGCCAUGCGGAGCAUCGUUGUUCCCCCUUGAUCCCGUAGCACCACGCGUAUACCUCGUUAAGUGCACUGAGGGUCUGUCGGAGGGCCGCUGUUGCCAUAAAGGUGCUGAGGGACUGCUGAAGCACAGCCGUUACCUUAACGAUGCGUUCACUCUGGCGGCUCUGCGGUGCAGCGCUCCCUGACGCAGAGGAAACACGUUUCAAAAGCUGCGGAAUCACACACACAAAUCCUUCCUCUGGCAGCCAGGCUGGAUAUACCCAUUAUUAUUAGCGCACGGGCCGCGAACGCGAAUAAAACAGCAGCGAUCCGCUCGCAGGCGUCCCGCUAAAGAAUCUGCUUCACGUGACGCCCUGGUCUCCAGUCCGCCUCUGGAGAUGAAGACGCACACGGUAAAGCGAGUGAAUCACGCGACGGCGACGGGUUAUUCGGGAUAAGGCGACAGGCAGCGGCAGCGGCAGCAGCACCUGGGCAACGCUUAGCGCAAGCAGGAAUGGAGGAGCGGCGCUUUCUGAGGGUUGCUGCAGCGGAAACCUGGAGACAAGCGGAAUGCAUCACUGAAAUAAAUAAGCAAUGAGUUUCCCGGAGCGCCGCAGUCUUGGUCUGUCUAAAGCAGGGUGGCAAAAGCUGCUGAAGACUUGAUUUUCGCUUGUUUUUGUGGAAUACCUCGGUGUUACUUGCUAGAUUUUGUGCUCAGACGCAUUAGAGAAAGGGCAACACGCACACACACAUUCCCGAAAAGGGGGCGGCGAGGGUCUUUCCAGUGUGAACUCCAUCUGCCUCCUCAUACUUGAUCUACAUGAGAGAGUCCCGAAGCGGUCUGGCCUUGCUGGUUUUCCACGGGGCGAAAGAAAACAUCGCUGCCAUCGCAGGUUUGUGUGUGUGAGAGACGAGGUGCCAUCCUGCUUGGCUAACUUUCACUUGAGUCUCAUCGCUGUAAGGGGAUCUUCCUGGUGAAGAGCAGCCUUCUUAUGCGUGGAUUUUUACUUGCAUCCGAGUGUGGGGAAUGACCGAGCAGCUGCGGCUGCACAGACACAGUGCUGUUGGAGACAUAGAGAUUUUGACAGGGUACUGGGAAGCCAAGGACCUCUUUAAUAGCAUAGUGCACAGAGCCAUCAUAGGCAGCACUCAUGCUCAGACCCUCAUUUGUGGCAACUCCACGAAGACUGUGACCAGACUGCAAACUGAACAAAGACGUGCUACAAGCUUCAUCCCAUUCCCUGGUGUUAUCCAUCGGAGCUCCCUAAACUACUUUUUGAAAGCUUUCCCAAGAUCCCCACUUCAUGAUGGCGGCUUCAGCCCGCGAGCAUCUUCUUUUUGUGCGCCGCCGCAACCCUCAGUUGCGCUACACUUUGAGCCCAGAAAACCUACAGAGCCUUGCAGCUCAGAGUGCCAGCCCCACUGAAACCAUGGGCUUCCAACGUGCCAACAGUGACACAGACUUGGUUACUUCCGACAGUCGCUCCUCACUUACUGCUAGCACCUAUGAGUUCACUCUUGGACGCUCCCAAAACCUGAUCAUCUCCUGGGACAUCAAGGAGGAAGUGGAUGCCACAGACUGGAUUGGUCUUUACCACAUUGAUGAGAACUGCCCAGCAAAUGUAUGGGAUUCAAAGAACAGAGGUGUGAAUGGUACCCAGAAGGGACAAAUUGUAUGGCGACUGGAGCCUGGACCAUACUUCAUGGAACCUGAAACUAAGAUAUGUUUCAAGUAUUAUCAUGGGGUCAGUGGAGCCCUGCGUGCAGUCACACCUUGCAUCACUGUCAAGAAUCCUGGAGUGAUGGUGGGAUCAGAAGGCCUGACUGAGGGCGGAACUGUGGCAGAGCAUUGUCGGAAACUAAUCAGCUUUACACUUUCAGAUAUUCGAUCUGUGGGCUUGAAAAAGGGUAUGUUUUUUAAUCCUGAUCCCUAUCUAAAGAUGUCCAUCCAGCCAGGAAAGAAAAACACCUUUCCAACAUUUGCUCAUCAUGGCCAAGAAAGAAGGACGACAAUCAUCACCAACACCACUAAUCCUGUCUGGCAUGGAGAGAAGUAUUCAUUUGUGGCCUUGCUCACAGAUGUGCUAGAGAUUGAAGUAAAAGAUAAAUUUGCCAAGAGUCGGCCAAUUAUCAAGCGCUUCCUGGGAAAGCUGGUCAUUCCCGUGCAGAGACUUUUGGAGAGGCAUUCAGUUGGAGAACAGACCCUGAGUUUCACUCUGUGUCGACGGCUCCCAACAGAUCAUGUGAGUGGUCAGCUUCAGUUUAAGGUGGAAGUAACCUCUUCCUUGCAUGAAGAUGUUUCCCCAGAUGCAGUAGGGACACUCCUCAGUGCAACCGCUAUAAAUGGAGACCCUGAGAGCCCAUCUGAUGAUGAGGAUCUACUUGGUGCUCCUAACUAUAGUGCUGGGGCUGCAAGGGGACUUUCCCCAGCUGGGUCUGAGGGUUCACUUCAUGGGGACUCUUUAAGAGAUGCAAGUUUUGCAGGUCAUCAGCUGUCCUCAACUGAAACUGCAACAGUAGGUGGAAUGGAAGAAGAAGUCCAACAAGUCCAACAUGGAAGUGAGGUAGAUUCUCCUUCUCGCUGUUCUCAAGCUUUGCGUCAGGAAUCCCUGAAUGACUACCUAGAUGCAAUUGAAAGAGUUGGAACCAAAUCAGGUUCUGGCACCAGUGCGGAUUUGAUGAGUGAGCUGUCUAUAGGUGGUGCUUCUCCGAAACUAAGGAGUAGCUUCCCAACAGAUACAAGACUGAAUGCAAUGCUGCACAUUGACUCUGAUGAAGAAGAAGAGCCACAUCAACUAGAUGAAGGAUCAUCACAUAGUAAUACCUUAAGAGAUUUAGACAGAGGACUUGUGAUGCUACAUGAAGGUGCACGAUCAGUAAGUGGCAGUAGGGAGCCAAAGGGAAAUGGUGCAUCUAUGGUAAAUGAGGUGGAAGGUGCCUCAUCACAGCAUGUGGAGCUGAGUGAUUUAAAGGAGGAAAACAAUGAUCUCAGGGGUCUUCAUCGACUUCUUCAUAGUUUGCCAUCCACACACUUACUUGGGGAUGAAGAAGAGGAAGAAAGUGGAAAUGCAAUGGCUGAUUUUGAACAAAGCUCCAGUCAGGAACAGGAAAGUGAGACAACUGAUGGAGCACCGAGCUCAGGGAAUGAGACCACAAGACAAACUUCCACAGGCUGCUCAUCUUUUGAGAGUAUGCGCUACCCAGCAUCCUCUUCACAGGAAGAAGAAGAAGGUGCAAUAGCACCCACCGAUCCAGGGGGAGGUAGCACUUCAGAAGCCCAUGGCUCUGCCAGUUUGGAACACUCACUGCAUAAACAAGAAACAUGUGAAGAGUCAGAGAGCAUGGACGUGCUUCAACCAAGCACUUCAGCAAAUGGGGCAGAAGAGGGGGAGGAGAUAUGGCAGAGAAGACAAAGUAUGCAAGCAGCAGGAGGACAAUCACAGGAAGACGAAGUAAGGCCGCGAUGUUUAGCAACAACCAGUUCUGAAGACUCAAGCCAAGGAGCCCCAGAAACAGAUGGGGAUGCAGGAGCCCAAUCAAAUGGACACCAGCCUAUACGCUCUCUGCCUUCAGUACGACAAGAUGUCAGCAGAUACCAACGUGUGGAUGAACCCUUACCACCCAACUGGGAGGCACGAAUUGAUAGCCAUGGACGGAUUUUCUAUGUGGACCAUGUCAACCGGACUACAACAUGGCAAAGACCCACAGCUCCAGCAGCCCCCCAGGUGUUGCAGAGGUCCAAUUCCAUACAGCAAAUGGAACAGUUGAAUCGCAGGUACCAAAGUAUACGCAGAACAAUGACAAAUGAGAGGCCUGAAGAUCAUUCUCCUGAUAUGACAUCUGAAGACAAUGAUCUCAUGCAUCACUCAGCUCCAGAAUACCGUCGGGAUGGAACAUUGCCAGCCUCAAGCUCCCGCUCUCGCCUUUCCUUGUUGUUGCAAUCUCCUACAGUCAAGUUCCUGACAAGUCCAGAGUUCUUCACCGUGCUGCAUUCCAACCCUAGUGCCUACCGUAUGUUUACAAACAAUACAUGUCUAAAGCAUAUGAUCACCAAAGUGCGACGAGACACUCACCACUUUGAGCGCUACCAGCAUAAUCGUGACCUCGUGGCAUUCCUUAACAUGUUCGCCAACAAACAGCUGGAGCUACCUCGAGGUUGGGAGAUGAAGCAUGACCACCAAGGCAAGCCCUUCUUUGUGGAUCAUAAUUGUCGCAGCACCACCUUCAUUGACCCACGCCUUCCUCUUCAAAGUAGCCGGCCAACCAGUGUUUUGGCACACCGACAACAUCUGACUCGGCAACGCAGCCAUAGUGCCGGGGAGGUGAGCACACGCCGCCUGGUGGGUGAUGACUCUCGACACACUGGACCACCAGUUCUUCCAAGGCCAUCCAGCACCUUCAACACAGUGAGCCGGAACCAAUACCAAGAUAUUGUUCCAGUGGCUUACAAUGAUAAAAUUGUGGCAUUCUUGAGACAGCCAAAUAUUUUUGAGAUCCUGCAGGAACGACAGCCAGAGCUCAUUAGGAAUCACUCACUCAGGGAGAAGGUGCAAUUCAUUCGCAGUGAAGGCACUGCAGGGCUGAUGCGGCUCUCAAGUGAUGCAGAUCUGGUUAUAUUGCUGAGUUUAUUUGAGGAGGAAGUGAUGUCAUAUGUCCCCCCACAUGCUUUACUACAUCCAAGCUACUGUCAAUCACCACGAGGCUCUCCAGUUUCUUCUCCACAGAAUUCUCCAGGGACCCAGCGAGCCAAUGCCCGUGCCCCAGCGCCCUACAAGCGAGAUUUUGAGGCCAAAUUACGGAACUUUUACCGCAAGCUGGAGACUAAAGGUUAUGGGCAAGGCCCCGGAAAGUUAAAGUUAAUCAUCCGCAGGGAUCACCUAUUAGAAGAUGCCUUUAAUCAGAUCAUGGGCUACUCUCGGAAGGACCUUCAGAAAAAUAAGCUCUAUGUUACGUUUGUGGGUGAGGAGGGGCUGGACUAUAGUGGCCCUUCUCGAGAAUUCUUCUUUCUGGUGUCCAGAGAACUUUUUAAUCCUUAUUAUGGCCUGUUUGAAUACUCUGCUAAUGAUACGUAUACUGUACAAAUCAGCCCCAUGUCAGCCUUUGUUGAUAAUCAUCAUGAGUGGUUUCGAUUCAGUGGGCGGAUUUUGGGCUUGGCACUUAUCCACCAAUAUUUACUGGAUGCUUUCUUUACAAGACCUUUUUAUAAGGGUCUUCUGAGAAUACCAUGUGAUUUGAGUGAUCUAGAGUAUCUAGAUGAGGAGUUCCACCAAAGUUUGCAAUGGAUGAAGGACAACGAUAUCAGUGAUAUGCUGGACCUUACUUUCACUGUUAAUGAGGAGGUCUUUGGACAGAUCACAGAGAGAGAGCUGAAGCCAGGAGGUGCAAGCAUCCCAGUUUCUGAAAAAAACAAGAAGGAGUAUAUUGAGCGCAUGGUUAAAUGGAGAAUUGAACGCGGUGUAGUUCAGCAAACAGAGAGUCUUGUUAGAGGCUUCUAUGAGGUGGUGGAUGCCAGGUUGGUUUCAGUAUUUGAUGCCCGUGAACUGGAGCUAGUGAUCGCAGGGACAGCAGAAAUUGACUUAAAUGAUUGGAGAAAUAACACAGAAUAUCGAGGAGGAUACCAUGACAACCACAUUGUGAUCCGAUGGUUCUGGGCAGCAGUUGAAAGAUUUAACAAUGAGCAGAGACUUCGUUUGUUGCAGUUUGUGACAGGCACCUCCAGCAUACCAUAUGAAGGUUUUGCAUCAUUAAGAGGAAGUAAUGGACCUCGACGGUUCUGUGUGGAGAAAUGGGGCAAGAUCACUUCAUUACCCAGAGCCCAUACCUGCUUCAAUCGUUUGGAUCUGCCACCGUACCCUUCAUUUUCCAUGCUAUAUGAGAAGAUGCUGACGGCCGUGGAGGAGACGAGCACUUUUGGUCUGGAGUGAGAAGCUCACAUUCACCCUUCUUACCAUGUUCAGUCGAUGCUCAUGAACCUGACCUCUGCUUGCUGCUUUCCACAUGGUGCUCUGCCUGUUUUCUGCAGCAUGCUGUCGGUGGGGCACGUUAUACUGGGCAGUGGCUUUGGAUCGAUGCUUUAACAGACAUUAUUGAAUGCGUAGAAUGGGAUUAGGCAAUUUUUGUCUGAGCACCUUUAACUCUUACAGAAGAAUUAAUGGACGAGGAUUUUUCGAAAAAUUAUGCCUUUCCAAUGUGAUCUUUCUUCAAAAAUAAUGCGGCCACAGUUUUACUGUACCUACCUUUAUUUGUUUUUUGUUUUCACUUGUAGAAUGUCAAGGGAAGGUAUUGAGGACUUACAUGCAUUCUAGGCUACCCACUCAUAUUGUUAAUUUAUUGAGAUGACUCCAGUACCAUAUCACUGUUCAGUCAGAGCAGGGAAAUUGAUCUGCAAGAUAACCUUCCAUGGAAUACAAUGGACUUUCUAAAUACUGAAGAAAAGAUCUUCCAUUAGAGGCAAAGCCGCACUGCUACACAUGCAAGAAAUAAUAUUUUAAUAUAUUAAAUACAUAUAAAUUAAGGAAAUUAAGUUAUUAGAAAAGUUGCCAAUUUAACAGCACAUAAUAUUUGAUGAUUUUGUGUUGAUUAUUUUCCAGUUGUUUAUAAACAUUUUAAGGCUGAACUUUCUCUUUUUCUAUCUUUUAAAGUAAGUAAUCAUAUAGUCACUGUCACAAAAAGAAUUAUUCUGUGACUUUGCAAUGAAUCUUUGUUAUGGAACAAUCACUUCCAGAUACAAUUUAGUUCAGGUUUUCUUUUUUUUUUUCUUCCACAUGCAGUGGCCAGUCUUUUACUGUUUUAAUGAAUUUAACAGCUUGCAAGGCCUAAUGUGGGACAGCCAUUGACCAUCAACCUGGAAGCUGGGAGUGAAGUGCAUUUUUGAAGAGGACCACUCCUCCACGGAAAAUAAAUUCAGCUUCCAUUCAUUUAGGGUUAACCACACAAAAUAUACAAACUUGUGCUGAGUUACAUCACUUGCAGAGACACGUUUCUUUCCUUUCCUUCAAAUUAGCUGCUUGUGCGUACCACUUUCUGUAACAGGUCUUGGGUCUGCUAGGUGGUGAACAACAGUGACAAAAUUCAGGGGCCACAGAUGUUGAAUUGAGAUUAUGCUGUAGCACUAGAAUGGUCUUUGCUUCACAGAUGCUACAUGGACAUCUUGUCAAACUGUUUGAAAGGCGGAUACAGAAAACACAUUUGGGAUUUCUCGGGUUUAGAGUGCAACCUCCCCCCAACCGCAUUCCCCACUUUGUAUUUUAGCUACAAAACAUUAAGGAUUGAAAAAUGGGUACCUUUGUGAUUUAAUCGUUAUGCCCGAAACACAUGUGCAAACAAAAAUUAACACUGUAGUCUAAUGUAUCACAAACCAGAAUGGCAUGGAAUGGAUUCUAGUUUGACAUUCUUGGGCUUACUAUUAUGAAAAAGUACGUAUUACUGUAAUAUUUUUCACUCAUGAGGUUAAAAAUAAGCAGACAUGUUUCGCAACUUACGUGGGUUUUCAUUUCUAAAUUUUAAAUGUUGUUUUAUAUGCUGGUAUUGUUUCAGGGAAGUCUUUCCUUCGCCAUGUUGCUGGGAAAAUAAUCUCUGACUUCCAGUUCACCUACAAAAUAGUCACCACCAUCUAAAGCACUUCAAGAUCUGAAUUUGUGUGUACUGAAGCAUUGUUCACUUCCGAGACAUUAACAUCCUAGUUAUCAAAGAAGAGCAAAGUUAAGCUGACAUAAUAUCUCCUCUACUACUAGUCCUGGGCACUAGAAGUAGACUUUUGAUGAGGAACAUCUUGUGAAAUCAACUUUAAUUAAUCAGUUAUUUUAAUCCUGUAAGCACCAUGCUAAUCUCGCCCAAGCAUCUGUCUGCACUGUGCACUUCUUAUUUCCUGAGUCUGUACUGCGGCAUUGUCUAAGACUGACAAUGAACAGAAUUGCACAGACAACUCACUUCUCUUCAUGUCUCCAACAAUAGCAUGUCAGUUUAUAAAGUUAUUAAACACUCCACAGUACACACGGUGAGUAACUUGCUAGUGUGCCUAGGCAGGAACAAAUCAACUGCUUUUUAUCUUCCCUUGCCGCGGGCCAUAGAACAGGUUUGCUGACUGAUACAACACAGUGAUAUUGUACAUGUUUAAAAUGUGGAUUGCUUUUUAACAUAGUUACAUCCUGAUUUAGAUGGUUAUUAUUGUAAUAUUUAUUUCAAUAUGGUAACAGCUGUAUGGUGUAACUUAGAACAAUGAAAUGUUCCUUAUCUUAGUAUAACAGCAGUUAAUGUUGAUAGUUUACAACUGCACAGCUGGUAAUACACGAAAAAAGGUUCAAAUUAACAACCAUCUCCUGCUGUAAACUUGCUGUGGGUGAGGUUGUGAAAAACAUCAUGUACGCGAUGCAUGGAGCGCCCAAUAUUCAUUCAUUAUUUUCCGGCAUAUCAGGGGGAAAUGACAUUUAUUUGAUUCCCCCUCUUUUCCUUAGUAAUCAUGAAGUUACACCUCUUUUUAUGCCAGAGACUCCAGGUGCCGUCUGGAAUGGCAAUGAGCGGGUAACAAUACAGUUGUAAAGAAUAUAAUCACAGUGUGUCACAGCUACCUGUGAGCAGAUAACAUGAACAGCUCCCUUGUUAUAUAUCUCACUUUCUCCUGUAGCUCUCCUCACAUCGCACUGUCACUUUGUUGUAAAAUCAUGUCGCAGGGAGCUGAAGUGAAGAUUUUCUUUUGAUUUUGCCUUUUUUUUUUUUUUUACCAUGCAUUUAUAGUUGUAGUAUAUGUCCGAGACAUAAAUAUGAAACAAAUCACAGAUCAUUGAGCCAAACCCAUCCUGAAAAUCCUAUUUUCACUACCAUAAAUUUGCUCCUUACUGAUUAAAUAUUCACAUUCACUUUUUCCCUGCAUACACUCAUCAAACAAUUUUCCAAAAAUACUUUUAACAUUAUGGGGUGUCAGGGAGGCACAGCCUAUUCUAGUAGAAUCUGGUGCUGCACAGAAAACAACCCAGAGUCAAAAUGAGAUCUCUUAGAGGGUACACUCAGGCACACACCCACCCACCUGGCCAAAUAAAGCUCAUUUAAAACGUAUCAUUCGAUCAAUUGAAUGUUAGAAUUUUGAGGUGUUUUUUAUUGUCUUCUUAUACAGGAGUUUUUCAAAACCAAUCAUAAAGUAUCCCAGGAGUAGCAGCAAAGAUAGUAUGUGUACAUAAUGCCUGAAAAAGCGGAAGAUUAAUUUCCACCAAUACUUAUUUCAGUUAUGAUACCAAAAGUCUGGUAACAAUUUCUUCUGUGAUGUAAAGUUGCUGGGCAUCAAAUUAAGGAGAAAAAAGCCCCUUGAAGCUGUUUGAAAUGUGGCAAGUAGUAGACUGGAAAUCUUAAAGUUUUAUUUGUGAAUGAAUGCAAUUGUAUGGGUAUAAAAUCUUUAAUGAACAUUUAUAAAUUAUACUGCAUGAAAAGAAACAAGAAAACUAAACAUAUACACAAUAAGGAUAACUAUGAAUUAAUAGAACAUGUAAUAGUUUGGGUGAAAUUUUUAGGAAAAACAAAACCUUUCGAAUGACCAGUAUGUGCAAAUUUUCAAAGAAAGACUUGGCUUCAUGAUUCUGAGGACACAUCUUUAGUGUGAGUGAUUCACCUUCAACAGGGGUACAGGCAAUCUCUGGAUGAUGGGUCAUGCCAUUAUUUUGCUAUUUAUAUGUAGCACCGUAAAAACCAAACUUACAUGUCACUCCCCUUAAGGGAAAAUGUGAACUUUGACCUGUUUCCAAAGAUACUGAUUGAUAAUCCUUUUUCCUUUCAAAUUCAUAAAAUGAUUUUACAUAAACCAAGUGACAACAUAGCUAUUUCUUGUUCCUCUAAAUUCUGAGUUGUAUGUGUCCUCUAAGUAUUAUAUGGCUUACUAAAGACAAGUGUGCUUGGUGCAGGCCAGUCUGUAAAACUUUUAGUUAUAGUUUCUGUUAAACAAAUGAAAUAUAUAUAUGCACACACAGAGCAUAUUUAUAAUUAGUUUCUAUAUUUUUAAAAUGGCCCUAUACUAUAUAAACACUAUACUAUAAUAGUAUCUAUACCAUAUACAGUACUCUAUAGAUACUGUAGUAGUUGUGUGUAGACCAUAUAUUCACUUGAAGUGGUGAUAUUUUUAACUUCUGAUACUUUAAGAGUAUAUAACAUCUUUAUUAAUGAACUAAAAAUUGCAUGAUCAUUGCACAGGUCAUUGUAGGUGCCUGGAAAGAGCGAUGAAGAUGAUAACAGACGACACAUCGAACAUUCUGCAUUUUAGUUCCAGUCUCACUUGAAUCUCCACAUGAUCUCCAUUCUCAACAAUACUGCACCCUUAGCAACAAUUAGGUUCAAAUCUUCUUAGCUUGUGGCUGGCAGAGUGGCAACAAGGACACAGGGUUGGUGUCCCGCAUGCAUGUUCUCCCUUUGUCUGCAUGAAUUUCCUUCAGGUGCUCUGGUUUUCAUCCACAGUCCAAGAACAUGCAAGUCAGAUGAACUGGCAAUGUUACAUUGGCCUCUGGUUGGGUGUGUGUAUGUGUGUGUGUGUGUUUUCACCCUGUGAUGGACUGGUGUCCUGUCCAGGGUUUGUUUCUGCUUUGCUUCCAGGAAUAUGUUCCAGCAUCCCUGUGACCCUGCUCAGUAUAAAGUGGGUUUAGAAGAUGAAUGGAUGAAUUUUUUGGCUUCAUAGGAUCAUUAUCGUCACAUGUAUAGAGUACAGUGAAAUUCUUAGAUGCAUGUGGUAAUCAACAUGCAGCAUGUCACCACACUUUUAAACAGCGGGUGAGGCAAUGCACCUACCUUACACUUCCAGGAGACUGGGUUCAGUUCUCAGCUGGGUCACUGUUUGUAUAGAGGUUGCACAUUAUUACCAAGCGUAUGUGUGUGGUUUUUUUUUGGGUGUCCUAGUUUCUGUUCCAAAGACGUGACUGUUUGCUGAUAGGGAUAUUCCGAAUUGGCUUUAAAUGAGUGUAUAUGGGCUGACAUCCAAUCCAGGUUUACUUUCUGCCGCAUGCACCGUGUGGCUCAGAUAGGCUCUGAUUCCUUACAAUCCUAUAAUGGAAAAAAUUGUUUUGGAAAAUAAAUAGAUGAAUGUUUGAAGGAAAGAUGUGUUCACAAGACCUGCUAAAUUACAACCCAUUUUUAAAUAUUCAUAUGAUUUCUUAAAAAUGCCCUAAUUUUGAUAUUUGAAUUUUUAAUUGAUGCAACUAUCUAAAAGGUGGUCCACGUGACAAGACAGCCCUGAUUCAGUGAGCACCAUAUUCCUGCCAUAUUCCUCUCAAUACAUCUUUUUGCCACCUCAGAACAGAUUGUCUUUCUUAGCCAGAAGGGACUUCAGCCAAAUAAAAUGCAGACUACCAAUGACCCUUUACUUUGCAGGGUCUUUCAAACCUACUGAACUAUAAAGGGCAUAAGAUGGUAUGAAAUUAAGUGUGUAGAAUGGCACAUGAAAGUUUACUAAUAAAGAAGAAAUAUACAUAACAAGUGUCAGAUGUUAAAGUCUCCACAUCAGUGUUUAUUUUAUACAUGUAAUGCAGUGAAUGAAUGUACAGAGGUAAGCCUGGGGGGAUUUGUUUUCAUAUUUUCACUUUUUUCUAUAUUUUACAAAUGUAUGUAUAUUAAUGCACUGAAUGUACCAAAGGAUUGCAGGUGACUUUGAAGGUAUGAAUGAUAAAAACAUCACUUAUGUCAAUGUUUUCGUAAUUUUACACUGUGGAGCCUGAUGUAAGUCUCCUUUACUUUGUACACAAAUGCUGACCAACAGAUGGAUACUCUGGUAACCCCAAGCUGAUAUAUUAGGUGCUCAGGAAACAAUUUAGUAGGAUGACAUGACAAAGCAAAUGGUUGCAUUUACUGUAAUGUUAUACAAAGUGACUUUACAGAUUCUCAUUCUUAGCCGUCGGUAUAGUAGAAACAAAAUGCAAUUCACUGCCAGCUAAACGUCUUUUAUGCUGUGUUAUAAAUAUUGUACAACGUAACCUCAUGGCACGUCAACUUGUACUAGACAGUGUCGGCUAUGCAGAAUGGUACUUUGGACACCAUGACAGAUUAGGAUCAUCCUGAUCUCACACUAUCAAAUCCACUUGCAGACAGCUGUCUGCUUGCUUGUCUUUGCAGUGUUCUGCCUUACUAGAGACGUAAGAAAAUGCCCGUAAAUGGUCAGGACAGACUUAGUUAGUACAACUGCUUCUAUCUGCUUCCUGAAGCAACAGGGUUGGGUUAAGGAAUGUAGUGAUGAAUCACACACCUCAAAGUGUGUCUGAUGUGAUUAAUUUCUCUUUGUUACUAAUGGCAACACAACAAAAGAAACCCUUGCAGUGCAAGUCCGAGAUAGUCAUCUGUCUGCUGCUAAGUGAGCUUGCUUAUCUGGGUUUCAUCAUUAAGGCAUUAAAGUAGGCAUCUAAUUAAAUGACAUGUUACAUUAACAGCAAGAAGUUAUUAAUUGGACUUUACAAAAUCCUAAAAUGUAGUCCUCCAGGAAAUGAUUUUGAGAUGCUGCAUUGUAGUCCUGAUUGGUUACACUCAGACUGUGUUCACAAUGAGGAAAUCUUUUAUUAAGCUCCUGGUUUAAUUAGACUGCUAUUUUUUUUUUUUUUUUAGAAAAUCUGUGAAUUCAGAAAAUUGCGAAAUUUACAAAAAUGUGUAUUUCUGUUGUGUCUUUUACUCCAUUUCUGGGAGGCACGUUUUUAUAGUAAAAUACAUCAUUCAUCUAUGUAUUGAGCCUGUUUAUUUCAGCACAGGAUUGCCAGUGCCUUUCCUAUGAAUCAUCUGUUUCAGAAUAUAAUUUUGAAAAAUAUGCACAAUUUGCUUGGGAAGAACUGGCGCUCCUGCCACCGUGGUUUCUACCUUGCACCUCAGCAGGCCCGCACCUAGGAAAUUCUGGGCCCCAGGCAGCUGACAGAGUUUGGGCCCCUUUCGUGUUUCAAAUAUGUGCGUAUAUUUUAAAACUCGAAAAAGGGCGGGCCCCUAUCUAGCUCGGGCCCCUGACAAGUGUCAUGGUUGUCCCCCCCCGGGUGCGGGCCUGAUCUCAGGCUGCUGGGAUAGGCACCUACUCCCUGCAACCUUACAGCGGAGUACAUAGAGGCAAAAGGUGCGUCGAUAGUUAGGUGAUAUGUGACAAAUGUUGCAUAGCUGUGACUCACAAUGAAACAAUUGUUUCUGGUUAAAAAAAAAACUUGAUAAUAUUCACCUACUUUCAUUAUGUUGAAGCACAUUUCCUUUCAAGAAAUGAUUUGCACUGAUAAGGAACUUAAGAGGAAUUUUGAAAUGCAUAGAGGGACGGCUUGUUGGGCCGGUAGUUAAUAAAUGCUGCUGCUUCACAACUGUUUGCGUCUGGCCCAGUCACUCUCUGUGUGGAUUUGGCACUUCCUCCCACUUUACAUUGAUUGGGUGACUCCACACUGGCCGUUUCUGAAUGACUGUGAUGGACUGGCGCCCUGUCUAGGAUUGGCAAAAAAGUGAAUCAAGCCAGGAGUUCAUUAAAAAGACAAGUAAAGGACUGCAGUGCAGCCAUGGAAAUGCCCCAGGGUAACAGCCAGCUAGUGAGACAUUUUUACUCUAUAAUAGUAAAAUAAGCUUGGCACAUCUUAGCAUAUUAGAGGUACACUUAUAACUAGUAAUAUCAUGAAUUAAUAAACAAGUAAUCCAAAAAUCUCCUAGCUUACACCUUCAGGCUUUUGUACACUAUCAGAUGCACCGGUCUCCGGUUUCAAGCUUCUGAACACGGUCACUUACAUGUAGCCGACAGCCAGUAGGAUUCCUCGUUUCACCUUUCUCUCACCAUAUUUCUUAAAACCCCAAAUCGAACGAAUAAGCUAAGUUAAAUAUUUCAUCCUUGCACAUUCAUUUUAGGUACUUUGAUUGAGGGUAUUGUGGCCAUUUGGGAUUUAUAUUUCUCCCCAAAUCUCAAACAGUGGAAGGAGUAUAGAGAAAGAUACAGUAAAAUGAAACACUGUGCCAAAAAAUGAUGAAUGCUGGAGUUUUUAAUUCUAUAGCUUUUACUUUGACCACAUUAUUUGAGUGCCCCUAUAGCGGAAGCACCCCUGGAUUAUGGGAAUUCUGUUCCUAUUGUAUAUGAUGAAGUAGCAUUCCAGCGUUUUGUUAAAGAUAAAUAUAACACAGUACAACCUUUUGCUUGUUUUUUUCCAACUGUUCUGAGGGGACAUGGAAGUGCAAAUUUCGCUGUACACCUCACAAUGAACUAAACUUGACUUAGAAGGCGGUCAUGGAAGAUCGCUGGGUUGCCCAAUCAGCAGAUCCCAUUCAUGUUGGUCAGCAUUAAUCUCCUGCCUUUAAGCGUGAUGAAUGUCCAUGCCAAGUUGAGUGUACUUUGGUUUGUGUUUACCUGGAUAUCCAUUCUAUGCAAAACUCUUUUUCUGUGUCACAGCUUCACUGUAAACAAUGUUUCUUUUGUAUAUAUUUGUAUGUACUGUAUGUGUAUGUGUAGGUGUUUUGGUUGUUUUUACUCAGUCAAAAGAAAGUAAUGAUUUGCAUUUAAAAUGGUAAGCCAGUUUCUCAGGUUGAUGAUAUUUUUAAUGUAACAGCAUGGCCCCCCAAAUAUGUUCUCACUAUUAACCUUAAUUCUGAUUUUCUUACACUGAAUGGAAAAGUAAAACAUGAAGGUAACAAACGGCCGAUGGCCGUUAAUUAAACAGAGGUGGCUUAGAAUGAAAACAAGACAUGGCAAGGGUGAAACACUCAUCCAUUUCUAUUUUUGACAUCUCUGUUCAUUUUAAUUGAACAGGACAAAACAUCUAGAAUGGCGGUACAAACACUGGGGUCAUGGUAGACCAGACUUGGAGUCUACCAGCUUGUUGGUGAACUCUUCAUUCCAAACUUUAACAGGUCUUGCCAAAGUAUCUCAGCAAGCUCCCUUCUGCUCUAGUCUGUCACAUUACAAACGCUUGGCUGAUUCCGAUUUAGCUUUUUAAGGAAUAUUUUAAAAUGUUUGUUUCUGAAUGCUUGCACAGUCCUUACAUUUUUAAAGCAGCCUUUUAGAUGAACAUGAGGGAGUACACCUACGUGAUUAGCCGUUCCAUUGUUUGCAAUUGCCUCUUCUUCAUUUUUAUUUUUAGAAAUUAAGGAACAAGAAAUACCAUUGAAAUGGAGAUGGAGUCAACGUAAUAAAUAAAUGUGAAGACGUUUAAGAGCUAAUCAUUGCAGUAAUGCACAUCCGUUUAUUUUCUGAACGUGCCUAAUCCAGUUUAAGGUCAGCAGGAACUUUAAGCCUGUCAUGAGGCAGCCAGAGGCAAGGCGCCAAUGCAUCCUGGGCACAUUCAUGAACACUUCGAUACUUCACAAGUACCUCAACCUGCUCAUCUCUGUCAUUCUUAAAGUUAGUCAUCAUUGUUCCUUUGCAUUGUCCAUAGGUAUGAGACUCUCAUCUUUGCUAAGAUUUGUAAUUGCACUGUGCGACUUUUAUUAGUAUUUCUGAAUGUAGUGUACAAGAGCAGAAAUGAGACACCUUAACUGAUCAAGACAUUUCACUAAAGGAAGUAAAACCACUCAAAGUGAGAUGCAAACCAGCAGCCACAGCAGUUUCACCCGGACAGAGUCUGGUAACUACAGACCACAAUUCUUGGCGCGGUUGCUACUGUACAUCCAGGGUAGUAAAUGUGAAUUGAAAAUGCCACUUUUGCUUUGCUCAUGCUGUAUUCUGUACCACUUUCUUGUUUACUAGUUAAUUUAUUAUUUCUCAGAGCUGUGAGGAGUGUGCUGCUGAUGGUUCGUUUUAAAGGCCUUACUUGACACCAUCCACUUGUUAAAACAGAAUUUGGUGACAUUUCUUGAAUUUGUAUUCCUCUUAGUCUAACUCUCGUGACUGGAUACAGGCGGGUGCAUGCUGUUAAUAACUGCCAAAGCCCCACUCAGAGUGAAACUUUGUAAGGCCCUCUCAACUUGUUUCCCUUCAUACCAAUGAAAGAAAGAAUUCUGUUAUCUGUGUUUAGUAUUGUUGUGUUUAUUAGUCACAUUUCAUCCUGGUUUCAAUUUGUUCAUGAAUUUUAAUUCACAAGCAAUACAACAAGGUUAGGGGGAUAAUUGUUGAGAAUCCUUCUGUCCAUUAAAGGAUAUCAAAGUUGACUUGACUUCGCACGAAACACACACUGGUGUAGAUUGAGAACACAAAAUAAAAGUCACCUUUUCUACUGUC